GCGGUGGCGGCGGCGGCGGUGGCGGCGGCGGCGGCGGCGGCCCCUCGGCUUCAGGCGAAGCCGCCGCCCGAGGCCCCGGUGGUGCUCCGUGGCAGCGGCGGUUGCGCUUCCCGCCGCCCGGGCUUCGGAAACUUCCUGGCCGCGACGCGCGGAGCCAGCGCAUAAAGCCGAACAGAAGGGAGGCAAACGGAGGUGAGUGGAGGAGGACACCAGAGCCGGAUCGUCUACGAGAGGGCCAGCUGAGGCUCAUCACCUCCGCGCUGCCUCUAUUCCCCCGGCUCGCCUGGCGAGAAGCAGAUCUCGACCGUUAACCCCUCUCCCACGCACACACCCGCCAACACCAGCGGCCCGACGUGCCAGGAGACGCAAGCCCAUGGAGGGUCUGGGCCGCUCGUGCCUGUGGCUGCGCCAGGAGCUGUCACCCCCGCGGCCGCGGCUCCUGCUCCUGGACUGCCGCAGCCGCGAGCUGUACGAGUCAGCGCGCAUCGGAGGGGCGCUGAGCGUGGCCCUGCCCGCGCUGCUGCUGCGCCGCCUGCGGCGGGGGAGCCUGUCGGUGCGCGCACUCCUGCCCGGGCCGCCGCUGCAGCCGCCCCCGCCCGCCCCGGUGCUCCUGUACGACCAGGGUGGGGGGCGGCCCCGGCGCGGGGAGGUCGACGCCGAGGAGUGGGAGGCCGAGUCGGUGCUGGAUACCCUGCUCCAGAAGCUGCGGGAGGAAGGCUACCUGGCCUACUACCUACAGGGUGGCUUCAGCAGAUUCCAGGCUGAGUGCCCUCAUCUAUGUGAGACCAGCCUCAACGGCCAUGGUGGCCCAAGCACAGCCCCAGUGCCCAGCCGGGUGGUGGGGCUGGGCAGCCUGUGCCUCAGCACUGACUGUUCUGACGUGGAAUCCGAGCCCGACCGUGACUUCAUGAGCUGUGGCCUGGAUUCGGAGGGUGCCACGCCCCCCACAGCAGGUCUGCUACCAUCCUUCCCUGUCCAGAUCCUGCCCAACCUCUACCUGGGCAGUGCCCGGGAUUCAGCCAAUGUGGAGAGCUUGGCCAAGCUGGGCAUCCGCUACAUCCUCAAUGUCACCCCCAACCUCCCUAACCUCUUCGAGAAGAAUGGCGACUUUCACUACAAGCAGAUCCCUAUCUCAGACCACUGGAGCCAGAACUUGUCCCAGUUCUUUCCAGAGGCCAUUGCGUUCAUUGACGAGGCCUUGUCCCAGAACUGCGGAGUGCUUGUUCACUGCCUGGCGGGUGUCAGCCGCUCCGUCACUGUCACCGUGGCCUACCUCAUGCAGAAGCGCCACCUCUCGCUCAACGAUGCCUAUGACUUGGUCAAGCGCAAGAAGUCUAACAUCUCCCCUAACUUCAACUUCAUGGGGCAGCUGCUGGACUUCGAGCGCAGCCUGCGGCUGGAAGACAGGCGGGCCGCGGCGCCCCGCAGUGGGGAACGGGAGUCAGAAGCCUCUGACCCACCCUCUUUCUUCACCACCCCCACCAGCGAUGGGGUCUUUGAGCUGGACCCCACAUAGGGUCCUGCCCUGUCCCCCAGUGCGUGCUCCCCACCAUCCAUGUGCUGCAGGGAGGCGGAAGGGGGCUCAGGCAGGAGCAGGGGCUUACGGGGGAGAGCGUAAUUACCUCAUGCAGGGGCUGUGGGAAGAGGUGGGGGCUGGGAGGCCCUCCAGGGGGGCUGCGGGGAGAGAUCUGUCGUACCCACUUGAAACAUCUGCGGGAAUCCUAUUAAAUGUGCCUAUGGGCUGGGCCGGGCCACCAGCCUGACCCGCGCCACUUUGGGGCAGGGCCACGCUCCAAAACCCACCUCUUCUGCGACUGUUCACUUUUUCCUUUUUGAAGGGAGGGCUGCCCAUUCCAAGGGACUAGUGCAGGUGACUGCCGGUUCCUGGGGCCCAGGCCCUCCGUGCUGGGCCCGGAGCCUUCCUGUGGCUCUGCCUUCACGAAGGGCGUGUGCCUGCUCCGGCCACCUCAUUUGCCACAGGGACCUGCUCCCAGCACCAUCCCCAAAUGGCUGCUUCUGGGGAGGUGGCCACCACCACCACCAGUGAAGUCACCUCCCUGCCUCUCCACGAAGGGCUGUGCCUCCUGGGGCCAGGGUCAGAGGUGCAGCGGCUGCCCACCAUCUGUGGGGACAGCCCCUCUCUGGGCAGCUCCCCUCUGGUCAGCACCACAAGAGAGGGUGCUAGCCUGGGAGCCGCUGGGCGGGUUCCCAGCUAGACACCUGGCGCCCUAUUUAUCCACUGGGCAUUUGAAAAGAUGCUUUUGCGCCUCUUCUCCCAGGUGUCUUGACAGGAUCACUGGGGCUCUUUGUGACUGCAGAGGUCGGGUCUCAGGGCAAGAGCUGGGGUGGAGGAGGGAGGGAAGGCCUGGAUUUUGCCGCUAUAGGUCCCACAUAGCCACGGUUGGUCUGGGGUAAGGAAGGGGCCAAGCUGCAUGUCCACAAGGUUACUCAUUAUAGUACAUACCUCUCAUGGGCAGCAGGCAUGGGGGGCGGGGCACUGUCUCACACACACAGCCUGCUCGCCCACCUGGCCCAGGACCACAGUAGGGACCAUUCUCACCUUUGGGGAUCCACACCAUGGUUGCUCUCUUUCAUUGUUCCUAAAUAAAUGGUUCAUGUCAGCUACU